AUAGUGAAGCAAUAAAAGAAUAAAGAAGCAUUUUAUCAAAAAAUAAAUAAAUAAAUAAAGUAGCAUGAUUGCAGCAUCAUUGCACGCACGCCACUCUCAGUCGUGACUUUUACAGUUUACACCAUUGACAGACACAGACCGAAACUUGGGAACCGAACCCUAAAACAGUACUCAAUCUCUCUAUCAAUGGCAUCUGAUUCAAACGCCACCAACACACUUCAGGCAAUUCGCUACAACCGCGGUUCUCUUCAGCUUCUCGACCAGAGGAAGCUUCCUCUAGAAAGUGUUUACUUGGAAAUUCGGGAUUCAAAUGAUGGCUGGAAUGCUAUACAAGAUAUGGUGGUCCGGGGAGCACCUGCUAUUGCUAUUGCAGCUGCACUCUCACUGGCUGUGGAGGUAUCCAAUUUAGAAGAUUUCAACGGGUCUACUGAUGACGCUGUUUACUUCCUGCAGAAGAAGUUGGAAUAUCUUGUCUCGAGCCGGCCAACUGCAGUGAACUUAUCAGAUGCUGCGACAAAACUCAAAGAAAUAAUUUCUAAGGCAGCUGCUACCACUUCAGAGGCCAAAGGUGUUUUUCAGGCUUAUCUAGAGGCUUCUGAAAUAAUGCUUGAGUAUGAUGUUGCAUCGAACAGAGCAAUUGGAACAUAUGGAGCUAGUGUUAUUCAAAACCAAACAGAAAAACAGAAGCUCUCUGUUUUGACCCAUUGCAACACCGGAAGUUUAGCCACGGCUGGAUAUGGUACUGCUCUUGGUGUUAUCCGUGCACUUCACAGCGGGGGAGUUUUAGAAAGGGCUUAUUGCACAGAAACACGCCCAUUCAAUCAAGGAUCCAGACUUACUGCGUAUGAGUUGGUACAUGACAAAAUACCUGCAACUCUUAUAGCAGAUUCUGCUGCAGCUGCAUUAAUGCAAGCAGGACGUGUGGAUGCUGUUGUUGUUGGCGCAGAUCGUGUUGCCUCAAACGGUGACACAGCCAACAAAAUUGGAACCUAUAGUGUUGCCUUAUGUGCCAAGUUUCAUAAUGUACCUUUUUAUGUGGCUGCACCCUUAACUUCCAUUGAUCUAUCACUUUCUUCUGGAAAACAAAUUGUCAUUGAGGAGAGAUCUCCCAAGGAAUUGUUGAAUACACGUGGAGGACUGGGAGAGCAGGUUGCUGCCUCAGGAAUAUCUGUGUGGAAUCCGGCUUUUGAUGUUACACCGGCAAAUCUAAUAUCUGGGAUCAUCACUGAGAAGGGUGUUAUUACAAAGACAUCUGCUGGUGAUGCUUUCGACAUAAAAGCUUUUGUACAAAAAACAAGUUAAGGGAGAAACCAUCUUCAAUACCAAUGAUCCAUGGUGUGAAAUAGGAUGUUGCGUUUCAUCCAUUGUAGAUUUGAGUUGUAUGUUUUGUAGGGGAGUUGUAUAUCAUCAGCUCAUUCAAAGUAAGUGUCUCGAGAAUAAAAGACGACCGGGUUAAUAAACAAGUCAAUAAGAAAUUGAUGGUGACCAUGACAUGCGCGGAUCAAAUUUAAUGGUGUGAGUUCUCAGAAACACAUGAGACUUUGUUUUUGACUCCGCAAGACAUGAUUAUAAUUUAUAUGAGAUAUGAUAAUGUUAUGAACUAUGUAAUGCUUCAUAUGCAACGUGUAAAAUGGAAUUUGAUAUUGUGUGCAUCA